CGCUGCCUGCUGUGCCGGGGCUGGGAGCGGCUCCCAUCGCUGCCUCCUCGCCUUCCGCUGCGGCCGCCCAGCCUGAAUGCGGGGAUCUGACUGAGCGGGCCUGUGCCGGCCCCACAACCCCCCUGGCACGUCUGGCCGGCCCUCAAACGCAGCGACGGGGUCGGCAGCUGUGGAAACGCCCCUUCCCAGCGCGCUGCUCUCAGCCCUGCGGGGGGGAUUGACUCUUCCCUCGACCUAGCAACUCCCCGAGAGUUUUAAUCCAAAAUUUGCACAUUCAAACACAUGCUGACAUGAGCAACGAAUUCAGAGAGAGAGGGUCUGGACGAGGAAGAGGCAGCUUUCAAAGCUGGAGAGGAAGAUGGAGAGGAAGAGGAGAUGGAGGAAGAGACUGGAAAAGAAACACUGGAAAGUUUGAGUCUGUACAACCUCGGUUGAUUCAGUCAACACUGGACCAGAUUACUCCAUAUAAAGGCUGGAAGCUUUAUUUCUCUGAAGCUUAUGAUGGCAGCUCUCCUUUUGUCCAGAAGAUUCAAGCAUUUGAAAAGUUUUUCAUGCAUCGGAUUGAACUUUAUGAUAAGGAUGAAAUAGAAAGAAAAGGAAGUAUUCUUGUGGAUUUCAAAGAACUUGUACAAGAUAAAGAAUUAAUUGAAUUGAUACCCAGUAUUUUUACUGAAUUAAGGGAUAUGCCUCAGAAAAUACUGGACUGCAUGGGUUUGGCAAUACAUCAGGUAUUAACUAAAGACCUGGAAAGGCAUGCAGCUGAACUACAGGAGCAGGAAGGCUUAUCAAUUGAUGAAGAACCUAUAAUAAAUGUGCCAUAUAUUCAUGCAAGAGUGUACAACUAUGACCCGUUGACUCAACUAAAGAAUGUUCGGGCUAAUUGUUAUGGAAAGUAUGUUGCCCUGCGAGGCACUGUUGUGCGUGUCAGCAACAUUAAACCUCUGUGCACCAAGAUGGCCUUUAUAUGCAGCGCAUGUGGGCAUAUUCAGAGUUUUCCUUUGCGUGAUGGAAAAUAUUCUGUCCCCACAAAGUGUCCUCUGCCUGAAUGCCAUGGACGAUCGUUCACUGCAGACAGAAGCUCUCCUUUAACAAUUACAGUGGACUGGCAGUCUAUUAAGGUUCAGGAGCUCAUGUCAGAUGAUCAGCGAGAAGCAGGUCGAAUUCCUCGCACAAUUGAAUGUGAGCUGGUUCAGGAUCUUGUAGACAGUUGUGUUCCAGGAGAUACAGUCACGAUCACAGGAAUUGUUAAGGUGUCAAACACCGAAGAAGGAGCAUCUAGAAACAAGAAUGACAAAUGUAUGUUCCUGUUGUACAUUGAGGCAAACUCCAUCAGCAACAGUAAAGGACAAAAAGUCAUGAAUUCUGAGGAUGGGACUAAUCACAGAGUGUGCAUGGAAUUUUCACUUAAAGAUCUUUAUGCUGUGCAAGAAAUUCAAGCUGAGGAAAAUCUGUUCAAGCUAAUUGUCAACUCACUUUGUCCUACUAUCUAUGGUCAUGAGAUAGUAAAGGCAGGUUUGGCACUGGCAUUGUUUGGAGGAUGCCAAAAGUAUAUGGAUGACAAAAACAGAAUUCCAGUGCGAGGAGACCCGCAUCUUCUGGUGGUUGGAGAUCCAGGAUUGGGAAAGAGCCAGAUGUUGCAAGCAGUGUGCAAUAUUGCCCCUCGUGGUGUUUACGUUUGUGGCAAUACCACCACUACCUCAGGCUUGACUGUAACUCUGUCUAGAGAUAGUACUUCUGGAGAUUUUGCUUUGGAAGCUGGUGCUCUGGUGCUUGGAGAUCAAGGUAUUUGUGGAAUAGAUGAAUUUGAUAAGAUGGGAAGCCAACACCAAGCUUUGCUGGAAGCCAUGGAACAGCAAAGUAUCAGCCUUGCUAAGGCUGGCAUUGUUUGCAGCUUGCCAGCUAGGACAUCCAUCAUUGCUGCAGCAAACCCAGUUGGGGGACAUUAUAACAAGGCCAAAACGGUCUCUGAGAAUUUAAAAAUGGGGAGUGCCUUAUUAUCCAGGUUUGACUUGGUGUUUAUCCUGCUGGACACUCCGAAUGAAGAUCAUGACCAUUUGCUUUCUGAGCAUGUGAUGGCAAUGCGAGCUGGGAAACAGGCAGUGCACAGCAGCGCCGUCGUGACUCGCACCAACACACAAGAUUCGAACACCUCCCUCCUUGAGCCAGUCUCAGAUAAACCAUUAUUAGAAAGAUUAAAGGUCAUGCCUGGAGAAAGUUUUGAUGCCAUUCCACACCAGCUAUUGAGGAAAUACGUUGGAUAUGCUCGGCAGUAUGUUCACCCAAAGUUAUCUCCAGAAGCUGCUCAGGUCCUCCAGGAUUUCUAUCUUGAGCUCCGGAAACAGAACCAAGGAGUAGACAGCACACCUAUCACUACAAGGCAACUAGAGUCCCUGAUUCGACUUACAGAGGCACGAUCAAGGUUGGAAUUAAGGGAAAAAUCAACCAGAGAAGAUGCUGAGGAUGUAAUUGAAAUAAUGAAAUACAGUAUGCUAGGAACUUAUUCUGAUGAGUUUGGUAAACUGGACUUUGAGCGUUCGCAGCAUGGUUCUGGAAUGAGUAAUAGAUCACAAGCAAAGAGAUUUGUUUCUGCCCUCAACAAUAUUGCAGAACGAACUUACAACAACCUCUUUGAAUUUCAGCAGCUUCGGCAGAUUGCAAAGGAGUUACAAAUAAAAGUAUCUGAUUUUGAAGGCUUUGUUGGGUCUCUAAAUGACCAGGGCUAUCUUUUGAAAAAAGGUCCAAGAGUUUAUCAGCUUCAAACUAUGUGAAGGAACCGCUACAAUGAAAGCAGAUGUUCUUGAUGCACAGUAACACUAUUUGAAAUGGAAUAACUAGUGGAUAUGUGGCAGCAGGCAUCCCUUACCACAUAACUUGCAGUCUACUAAGGAUAUUCCUAAAUAAAUUUUACAGAUGCCCAAAGCCGCUAAUAGCUGAGUCCUGACAAUCCCCAAA